GUCGCUUCGCGGAGCACGCCUCGGAGACGCACGGCGCCUUCGCGCCCUUCACGUUCGCCGCGGGAGCCUCCCUCUCUGAUGGCAGUGCGGUGCAGCGGACCGAACCCGUGCGGCGGCCUGGAAACCUGGUGCUCGCGCUGCAGCCGGUGCAGCCGCCUUUGCCCAGCGAAGCUUACCUGACGGCGCACAAGGAGAGCUUCACCCUGUUCGACCCGGCCUUCCUUGAGCAGAGCGGCAAGCGACUCGCCAAACGCCCCACCAACCUCAAGCUGGAAGGCGAGCUGCAGGUGCUGCCGGAGUACAAGGACCGCUUCCAAGAGUACCCCCGCCAGCGGCGAGUGGAUCCCUUCCUGCCUCGGCACCACAACGUCCUUGACGGCGUCACCGUCACCAUGCCGAUGGCGCCCCCCGCCCCCGCGGCCCCCGCCUCCGGGGACGCACAGUCGGAGAGCCAGGCGCAGUUCGCGGGGUACGACCACCACGCGCGGCCCCGGCCGCUCGCCAAGCGCCACUCCACCAACCUCAAGCUGGAGGGCGAUCUGAGCGCGGUGCCCGAGUACCGCGACGCCUACGUCGAGGUCCGCGGCGCGCAGAGGCCGGCCCUGAUCCGGCCGCGGCCCAACCUCAUGCCCGCGCAGGGCGAGAUGAGCCACGAGACGGAGAAGAGCGCCAGCUUCGUCGACUACCACAACAACUACCACCACGCGGACACGGGGCUGACGGCCACGACGGACAGCCUGCAGCGGCCGCCCAUGAAGAGGCACCCCACCAACAUGCGCAUCGAGCACGGCCAGCACGGCCAGCACGGCCAGCCCGACGGCGACCACGUGCCGGAGUACCGCGCCUCCUUCCGGGAGUACGGCAACGUGCGCAACGUCAUUCGCAGGCCGGAGCCCCACGUGACGCUGGGAGGCACCAUGAGCGGUGGACCUGCAGCUGCGGACCCGCUCCCACCCCCAGUCGUGGACAACGGCCCCGCGCUCCAGGCCGUGCAGGCCAUGCCGCCCGCUCUGCCACCCGUGCAGGACGAUGCUACUGGUACCUCGACUUCCCCCGGCGCAAGCCACUGA